UUUGUUUCGGUAGUUCUGGUUAGUAGGCGGGUGUUAUAUUCUCUGAGUCCGGGACUGCAGCCCGCCGGUAUUCCAGGAAUGUGUUGAUCAUGGCGGCCGCAGUGAAGCCCGUGAAGAGCGGACUGCUGGAGCUCCGCGUUACUGUACACCACUGGAUUCGUGUGCUCGCCACUCUUACCGGGGACACGUUCACCGUGAGCCCCGGAGAAACCGCCGAGGAGUCCGCCAGCAACUCGCCCGCGCCCGGUGCUGCUGUUAACGGGGAUCCGGCGAACCUCAGCGCCUCUCCUGUACCGGACACCAUCACCAACGUCAAGAGGACCGUCCGGGUCACCAAACAAGAAGUUGGAGGACUUGGAAUAAGUAUUAAAGGUGGGAAGGAGAAUAAGAUGCCCAUCCUGAUCUCGAAGAUCUUCAAAGGACUGGCAGCGGAUCAGACGGAGGCUCUUUACGUUGGAGAUGCUAUUUUAUCGGUGAACGGCAACGAUCUCAGAGAAGCAACUCACGAUGAAGCUGUUCAGGCCCUGAAGAAAACCGGCAAGGAGGUCAUUCUGGAAGUGAAGUACAUUAAGGAGAUGUCGGCGUUUUUUAAGGGUGGGUCGACGGGGCCACCGGUGCUGGAUUCUCCACCAGCGACGCCUCAGAAACAGACGGAUCCUGCGCUGAAGGAGACCAGAACCAUCCCACUGCGCAUGUGCCACGUGACCCGCAAACAGUGCCCGCCUGACCCAGAGGACAGGUAUUUCGAGGUGGUUUCCUCAGACAGGAAGACGUCUGUGUUUUUGCGGGCUAAAGAUCACGCCAUGGCUCAGGCCUGGUAUAACAGCAUCCAGAGCAGCAGCGCAGCGUUACUGAACACUGCUAAAGAUGAGCUCAAAACACUGCAGCCCAGCCUGAACAUCAAACACAUCGGCUGGAUCAUUGAGCAGGGUUCAGAGCGGCCCAUUCUGGCAGUGUUGACGGACAGAGAUCUGCUGCUCUACGGGGCUUUACCAGACAGCAAAGAGACACUGAACAGCCCAGACAAGAGCUACCCACUCAUCACCACCAGGCUGGUUCACUCUGGUCCGGGUAAGAGCUCUUCUGUCCAUGACUCAGAGCUGACGUUCGGUCUGCGUUUGGGCACUAAGCAGGGUGUGGAGACGCAUCUGUUUAGGGUGGACUCUGCUAAAGACCUCUCCUGCUGGACACACCUGCUGGUGGACGGAUGCCACAGCGCCGCAGAGCUCGUGCAGGAGGUCAUUACAG